AUGGCGCUAGUCAAGAUCACCUUCUUGAUUGUCUCCUUGUGGCUGUUGGGGUUUGUGCAGGCUAAGAUACCUUCAUUUAUACACAAGGCUCCGCCCAUUCCCCCAUCUAGCGACGAAACAAUUGUGAAAAGAGACUCAGUUCCUGCAGGAUAUGUUGCUGCUCCAUAUUACCCUGCCCCGAAAGGUGGCUGGGCUAGUUCCUGGACGACUGCUUAUGCAAAAGCACAAACUGUGGUGGCACAAAUGACAUUAGCGGAAAAGGUCAAUCUCACAACUGGAAUUGGAGAAUUGAUGGGAAGAUGUGUGGGAAACACCGGCUCCGCACUAAGAUUCGGUAUUCCAAGUCUUUGUUUACAAGAUUCGGCACUGGGCAUAGCUGCUACCGAUAACAAUACUGCUUUUCCCGCUGGAAUUACCACUGGUGCAACAUGGAGCAAAGAUUUAGCCUAUCAAAGAGGUCUUGCGUUAGGCGCAGAAGCACGGGGGAAAGGAGUCAACAUUCUAUUAGGUCCUACCGUCGGUCCAAUUGGAAGAAAACCGCGUGGUGGUCGAAAUUGGGAAGGGUUCGGCGCUGAUCCUGUACUUCAAGGACUAAGUGCCGCUCAGACAAUCAAUGGUAUGCAGGCGAAUGGUGUCAUAGCAACCAUCAAACACUUUAUUGGAAAUGAACAAGAAGCAUACCGAAUGGAUAUCAUCCCUCAUGGCUUGAUGAAAGCUCUUAGUAGUAACAUCGAUGAUAGAACUCUUCAUGAAUUUUACAUGUGGCCCUUUGCAGAAGGUAUCAAAGCUGGUGUUGGAGCUGUUAUGACAAGUUACAAUGAUGUUAAUGGAAGCGCGGCAAGUCAAAACUCAUACCUGAUCAACAACUUGAUCAAGGAUGAGCUUGGAUUCCAAGGCCUGGUGAUGACAGAUUGGCUAUCCCAAAUUGGCGGUGUGUCAUCUGCUCUUGCUGGCCUUGACAUGGCUAUGCCCGGUGAUGCAGGAAUCCCUUUCCUCGGCCAAGCAUACUGGGCCUAUGAACUCUCAACUGCUAUUCUGAAUGGAACUGUUCCAGUUGAUCGAUUGAAUGAUAUGGUUACUCGAAUUGUUGCAACUUGGUAUCAACUUGGACAGGAUAAAGGUUUCCCGCCACCAAAUUUCUCCGCAAACACUUUAGACACUACUGGACCAUGUUAUCCAGCAGCAUUGUUUUCUCCAACAUGCACAGUGAAUUCACAUGUAAAUGUACAAUCUAACCAUGCAGUCGUUUCUCGGAAUAUCUCGAGAGAAGCCAUAACUCUGUUGAAAAACGUCAACAACACACUGCCACUCUCGACCUCAGCUGCUUUGAAAGUUUUUGGCUCUGACUCUGCAAACAAUCCUUCCGGGCCUAAUGCUUGCAACCAAAGGGGUUGUGAUACUGGCGUUCUCGGUAUGGGAUGGGGCUCAGGAACUGCCAACUACCCUUACCUUGAUGCGCCCAUUGACGCGAUUAAGCGAAAAGCUUCUAAUGUCUAUAGCUCAACCAGUGAUAGCUUUCCAUCUGGCCUGACUGCUCUUCCUGGAGAUAUCGCCAUCGUAUUCAUAAACAGUGACUCUGGUGAGAAUUCAAUAACAGUAGAAGGAAACGAUGGAGAUCGCUCGUCGUCAGGACUGUAUGCAUGGCAUAAUGGCGAUGCACUUGUUCAAGCUGCAGCAGCUAAGUAUUCCACCGUGGUGGUAGUUGUUCAUACAGUAGGACCCAUUCUUGUUGAGAAUUGGAUAAACCUUACUUCAGUCAAAGCCGUACUCUUUGCUCAUCUGCCAGGUCAAGAAGCUGGAGAUUCAUUGACGGAUAUCCUUUUCGGCGCAUACUCUCCUAGUGGGCAUCUUCCCUACUCCAUUCCUGUCUCGGAAAGCAACUACCCAUCCUCCCUUGGUCUUGUCGGGUUUGCGCUUGGCCAGGUUCAGGAUACUUUCUCUGAAGGAUUGUAUGUUGAUUAUCGGUACCUCAACAAGCAUGCAAUCAGCCCUCGCUUUCCAUUUGGCCAUGGACUUUCCUACACCACAUUCUCUCGAACGGCUACUCUCGCAGCCGGAAAAGCACUGACAUCGGUUCCUCCAGCCCGAGCUGCUAAAGGCUCAACUCCAGUAUAUAGUACUGCCAUCCCUCCAGCAUCUGAAGUCGCCUGGCCUGCAGGUUUCUCCGCUAUUGGAAGAUAUCUCUACCCAUACCUCGACAAUCCUUCAAGUAUCACUCCAGGUAAAUUCGUCUAUCCCACUGGGUACACCAAUGUCUCCAAACCCGACCCCCCAUCUGGUGGAGAUCAAGGUGGAAACCCGGCGCUCUGGGACACAAUGUUCACUCUGUCAGUCACAGUGACCAACACCGGCCUCGUGGCCGGUAAAUCUGUUGUCCAGCUGUACGUUCAACAUCCCUCCGAUUCUUCCUAUGAUACUCCUAUUAUCCAGCUACGUAAUUAUGCCAAGACGGAUACAUUGGCACCGGGAGGGAAACAAGUCGUAUCACUUGCCGUUACAAGAAAGGAUAUCAGUGUUUGGGAUGUGACGAAACAGAAUUGGGUUAUUCCAGUUUCUACCACGAAGCCAUUCUUGUUCUGGAUAGGAGACAGUUCGGGAAAUCUGACGUUGGCUUGUGAGAGUAUUAGUGGGGCUUGUAAUGCGGGUAGGACGCCGCCAGUGGUUUAG